CCAAUUGAAUUGGUAACAAACCAAAUCUCUCUCUUCUCUAUUUGAGCCAAAAGCUUGAAGCAGCCAUUAGCCUAAGAAACCUUCAACAAUGGCUUCCAUGGCUGCAAUCUUAAGCAAAACUCCAUUCCUCUCUCAACCACUCACCAAACCAUCUCCAACCUCCGAUAUCCCCUUCGCCGCCGUAUCCUUCCCUUCCAAAUCCCUACGCCGCCGCAACGGAUCAAUCCGAGCAGGAUUAAUCGCGCCUGACGGAGGUAAGCUUGUAGAGCUCAUCGUGGAAGAGCCAAAGCGACGGGAGAAGAAACACGAGGCGGCGGAGCUGCCACGUGUUGAGCUGACGACGAUUGACUUGCAAUGGAUGCAUGUAUUAAGCGAAGGCUGGGCAAGUCCACUCGGAGGUUUCAUGAGAGAAUCCGAGUUCCUCCAAACUCUUCAUUUUAACUCGCUACGUCUUGACGACGGCUCCGUCGUUAAUAUGUCGGUGCCUAUUGUUCUCGCUAUUGACGAUGAGCAAAAAGCACGAAUUGGCGAGUCUAAACGUGUCGCUCUUUUUGAUUCCGAUGGUAAUCCCGUCGCUAUCCUCAGCGACAUUGAGAUUUAUAAGCAUCCAAAGGAAGAACGGAUAGCUAGAACAUGGGGUACGACUGCUCCAGGUUUGCCUUAUGUAGAUGAGGCGAUAACUAAUGCUGGAAACUGGCUUAUUGGGGGUGAUCUUGAGGUUCUUGAGCCAGUUAAGUACAAUGAUGGGCUUGAUCGUUUCAGGCUUUCGCCUGCUGAGCUUCGUAAAGAGUUGGAAAAGCGUAAUGCGGAUGCUGUGUUUGCUUUCCAGCUGAGGAAUCCGGUUCAUAAUGGUCAUGCUCUUCUUAUGACUGAUACUCGUAGGAGACUUCUUGAGAUGGGAUACAAAAACCCUAUCCUUUUGCUUCAUCCGUUAGGAGGGUUCACAAAGGCUGAUGAUGUUCCUCUAGAUUGGAGGAUGAAGCAACACGAGAAGGUGCUAGAGGAUGGUGUUCUUGAUCCAGAGACAACAGUGGUUUCGAUAUUCCCAUCUCCUAUGCAUUAUGCUGGUCCAACCGAAGUGCAGUGGCACGCAAAGGCUAGAAUCAAUGCUGGUGCUAACUUUUACAUUGUGGGUCGUGAUCCAGCCGGGAUGGGUCAUCCUGUAGAGAAACGUGAUCUUUACGAUGCUGAUCAUGGAAAGAAAGUACUAAGCAUGGCACCAGGACUCGAACGACUCAACAUCCUUCCUUUCAGGGUUGCUGCAUAUGACAAGACGCAAGGCAAGAUGGCUUUCUUCGAUCCCUCGAGGCCUCAAGAUUUCUUGUUCAUCUCCGGCACUAAGGUAAUUUACUAUUUCCCAAAGCCAAAUCCUACAUUGUUAAAAUUCAUCAUGGUUUACUUAUUAAUCAAAUCUCUAAUGUUCUUCGAUUUUUCAGAUGCGCACAUUAGCAAAGAACAACGAAAACCCGCCAGACGGUUUUAUGUGCCCAGGUGGAUGGAAAGUUCUGGUGGAUUACUAUGAGAGCUUGACUCCAGCAGGUAAUGGUAGACUACCGGAAGUGGUUCCGGUUUAAGACAAAAGACAAAACUGUCUCUGCUUCGUUUCAAAUUGUAACGUUUGUGUUGUGAAGCCCUUGUAGCAACAAUCAUUGUUGUAUAGGAGAAGCCUAUAUAUAUUUUGGCCGGACCUUUUUCCAAAUAAAUACAGAAACAAAAAUUUCGUUUUGCAAGAUAAUUUACGAAACUUGUAAUAUUUGGGCCUGAAACUUUUGUACCAUAUGAAUGCGAUUGUGUUUACGUA